CCAACCAGAGAGAGAGCUUCACUCUCUUCUUUACAUCUCAACCACAUACAUAUAUAUAAUUCCCAGAAUAUCAUCAUGGCUGAGAAUAGCACUUUGCAUGCAAUUACCAAGAACAAGUGGAAGAUGCCUCUCUUUGUUUUCUUCAAAGAAGCAAGACUUGUUUUCAAGCUGGAUUCUCUUGGAAAGGAGAUACUAGGAAUUGCAUUCCCAGCUGCUCUGGCUGUUGCUGCUGAUCCCAUUGCUUCUCUCAUUGACACUGCAUUCAUAGGCCACUUAGGACCUGUGGAGCUUGCUGCUGCAGGAGUUUCUAUUGCAUUGUUCAACCAAGCAUCAAGGAUCACCAUAUUCCCUUUGGUGAGUAUCACAACUUCCUUUGUUGCUGAGGAAGAUACUAUUGGGAAAGUUCAAGAAGCAGAGAAGAGCUUGACUUUUAACAGUACUAAGGCCAGAGAAGCAAUCGUGCCUGAGGAUGAUUCUCUUCAAGACUUGGAGAAAGGGUCGUCCAAAGACACCACCGAGAGUCUUGGGAAAUCUUCACUUGAAAACAGUCAAAUGAAAGACUUCUCUAUGAAAAAACAUCCUUCCCCAGAGAAUUUGGACACAGCUGCUGCUGACAAGAACGAUACAAAUUGUAAACAUGAUACAAACACAAACAAAUGCAAGUCGUCUUCUGUUGUUAGUAGUGGUAAGAAUAAGGCAAUUAUUGGAAGCAAAAAGAGGAAAAACAUUGCUUCAGCAUCAACAGCUUUACUUUUUGGCACAAUUCUUGGCCUGCUUCAAGCUGUAACUCUUGUAUGUGCAGCAAAACCUCUAUUAAGCGUGAUGGGCUUGAAACAAGAUUCUCCAAUGUUAGUCCCAGCAAUAAAGUACCUGAGAUUGAGGUCACUAGGUGCUCCUGCAGUUCUUCUCUCCUUGGCCAUGCAAGGAAUCUUCAGAGGCUUCAAGGAUACAAAAACUCCUUUAUAUGUCAUUGUUUUGGGAUAUGCCGCAAAUGUCAUUUUGGAUCCAAUACUUAUAUUUAAAUGUAAGUUGGGACUCAGAGGUGCAGCCAUUGCACAUGUUCUAUCCCAGUACAUAAUGGCAGUGGUCCUCUUCAUGAUACUAAUGAAGAAAGUGAAUCUCUUACCUCCCAGUAUCAAGGAUUUGCAGAUUUUCAGGUUUCUCAAAAAUGGAGGGCUGUUGUUAGCAAGAGUAGUAGCAGUAACAUUCUGUGUAACUCUGGCAGCCUCAUUGGCAGCAAGACUGGGCUCAAUUCCCAUGGCUGCAUUUCAAACCUGCCUUCAAGUCUGGCUGACAUCUUCCCUUCUUGCUGAUGGUUUAGCUGUUGCCGUACAGGCAAUUCUGGCUUGUUCCUUUGCUGAGAAAGACUAUGACAAAGCAACAUCUGUUGCAACCAGAGUACUACAGAUGGGUUUUGUUCUGGGAUUAGGACUUUCUCUGUUAGUUGGGGUUGGUUUGUACUUUGGAGCAGGAGUCUUUUCCCAAAAUGCUAAUGUCCUGCACCUUAUCAAAAUAGGCCUUCCGUUUAUUGCUGCUACACAGCCAAUCAAUUCCUUAGCCUUUGUCUUUGAUGGGGUCAACUUUGGAGCAUCUGAUUUUGCCUAUUCUGCUUACUCCCUGGUCAUGGUGUCAAUAGCAAGUAUUAUCUCGUUAUUCCUUCUCUGUAAGAGCAACGGUUUCAUUGGAAUAUGGAUUGCACUAACCAUCUAUAUGGGUCUGCGCAUGUUUGCUGGUGUUUGGAGGAUGGGGACAGGAACUGGACCUUGGCAUUUUCUUAGGAGAUGUUCUUUGCCUUAGAAGAUUAGAUUGAGGGAUUUGUGUCACUUUUUUUUUUUCGUCUCUAUCAUGAUCCCUCUACGUAGUUAUAUUUUUUGCAGACAUAUGUUCUUCUCAGUGUUGUGAUCAUUUCCCAGUAUUAUUAUCAUGUUGAUGUUUAAAUGUAUCCUACUAAUUGUGAUUACGUGGUAUCAAGUCAAUUAUAUAUAAAUUUGUUCACAUACACAGUGAACUUGUAUGGUUCA